CAAUCCGCGUGCGUCUAAUGCAUAAAUAACCAUCGUGAUCAGGAAACGUUUAUACCGGUAUGUCUGAGGCCCUACUAUCUGCCGCAUAUGCCGUAACUCUUUUAAAUCUGGGGUAAAUGCCGUAUGGAGUCGCAGCUUUGCACGUGUUUUUGAAUCAUGGUGCACCGGCAAUAAAGAUAGGACGGCGUUAUAUUGCGGCUGAUGGCCACCAUCCUGGCUGCAGGUGAUGGAGCAGUGAGAUUAUUUGAAUGCAUGAGAAGCAGCGAUACCCGUAUAAUCUCGAGGUAGAUGCAGGUUGGGCAUUCUGAUUUAUGGGACGAAUGUGCAGCUAAACAACAUUACGCUGUUGCGUAAGACGCUGUCCGCUACUUCAGCCCCAUGUAAGCACAUUUCCGCCAAACCACCACAAUAUGCAAGCAAGAAAUUAUCAAGAUCACAAGCAGAUGAAAACGUCAACGGCGCCUAGCAAACAUAUGCGGUCGAAUAACAAGAAAAAUUUCGUCAAAACUCGCCGCUGGUGGUGCUCUUCUCAUCGAAGUGCUGUACUUCGUCGCUGGAUUUCUAUGCUUAUCUGUUGACGUAGUAUCUUAAUUCUCCGCUCGAGUGUAUGAGCACUUUGUGGUAGUAUGCGACCGCUCAGCACCGACCGCCGUCUAAAACCGCGAAGCGUACGACAUUCCACUUCUCGUAGUGAGUAGGUCGAGCAAGUUUAUUUUAAAGCAACUGGCAUUUAAUUUUUCUUUUUAAAUUUUUAAUGCAGUCAACAGGUCGGAUAACUCGAGCGUCGUACUUUAAAUCAUUACUAAACACAAGAAAAAACAUUCGGCAUUAAGCAAACAACCAGCUUUAAAGUUCCCUUUGGCUUUACAUACCUGUAAGUAAUAAACAUUUCUAUACCAGAUGGAAUAAAAACAGGUGUGCACAAUGCAGACCUCCAAAAGCGUAAAAUCUAACGGCUCACUUAUAAGCAGUACACAAAUGUAUGAGCGGUGAAGGAUGAUAAAAAUAAGACAGCACACGUAGAGCGACGAAAGAAGUCUCACAACGAGAACCAUGCUUCACCGACCGUACAUCUCCGUCCUGAAGACCGUUGUACUGGAAAGAUGGGAUCACUCCGAUAAUAGGCUUCGUAAAAGAAGGAAAAGCGAUGCCAAGACGUCACAGAAUGUCUUAACUGGACAUGAGUCGAUCCCACUCUUGUCUAUCUAUGUUCAGCCAAACCCUCACCGCAUGCAGGGCCGCUAUAGUCACCUUGGUCAGCUUAUUGACAGCCAACGCGCCGAGGGAGGUCACCGUCCACUCUACACUGCGAUACGGAGUGGACAAUCGCGGGUCUACACUCUGGUAGUUCAUAAGGCACUGCGAGCCAGUAUAACCCUGUAAUUGUGCCGGUGCAGAAAAUUGACUAUUUGAGGCUCACCUAUACAAUUUCUUUCUUAAUCCAUGUGCGCUGCUCGCUGGAAAUGCAGGCAGCGACCCAUUCCAGCAGAUCCUGCACAUCAAAUGCCUUUCCGGAAAGAUUAUUCUCGAACAGAUCCCACAGCUGCGUUCUCCGGGAAGCUGCCGGCUGACUAUCAUCGGAGGAGUACUUGGCUACGGUUGCACUCAAGAAGAGAUCAUAGAUGCGGCACUGCUUCCACACAAAUCUCUCACAGAACGUGAAAACCUCCGAUAUUUCUUCGAUGAUAAUAUUGCCCACAUAACCAUACUCAUACUCGCCGGAAUAACACUUAUAGAACACCAGUGCCGGGAUGCGAGUGCCAUUGCGAAGGUGGCUAAUUAGGCCGGCUAUACGCAGACACUCGGAGAACCUUUGAUCCGAGAUGACGGCCACUUUCGUGCUGGUGCCAACGCAUUCCAACAGACAGGCUGCACACCAGGCAUAACAGUAGAAGCGCGAAGGGAAAUUAUACUCAUUGCGCCCUGACACGCGCACGUCUCGGAAAUAAGCGGCAGUGGUGAGAAUAGUAUUCCACAGAGGAUACACAAGUCGACACGUUACGCCGCCUUGUAGCGAAGAUAGUUUGUUUCCGGCUGGCAGAAGAAAUGGGUAAUUAUUUUCGCCCGGUCCAGUUCGGAUUUGGAACGAAACAGGGAGCAGAAAUCAUCGUGCACAGUGCCAGGGAGUUUUUACAGACGCCGUCGACAAAGCCGCGCGCAUUUUUAAAGUUUGAUUUUGCAAACGCUUUCAACACCGUUCGGCGGGAUAAACUUAUGGAAAAAGUAUUCGACCGGAUACCUGCAUAUUAUAAUUUUGUUCGUUCUGCGUACGGAGAAGACUCAGUUCUAUUCUGCAUUUCUCCUGCCAGUGGUGUCACCAUACCUUCCGCUAGCGGUGUCCAGCAGGGCGAUCCUUGUGCACCAAUGUUCUAUGGUUUACUAACACAAGAUGUUUGUUCCCAGAUUAAAGCCGAAACUAACCUGUGGUUUUUGGAUGACGGUGUGUCUGCUGGAGAUCCUCAAGUUGUUAAAGACGAUAUGGUAAAUCUCCAAGAAGCAGCCGCCGCAGUGGGCUUAAGACUAAACACGGCAAAGUGUGAAUUAUUCGUGGACGGCGGAACACCUGCAGAGCGUGAAAACGUAGCCCAGUUAUUCCUAAACGCGGUACCGGACAUUCGCAUUUCUAAACCGGAGGAACUGGAACUGUUAGGCUCACCCUUGCUGAGCGAAGCGAUUGCGGGCGCGUUGAUGAGGAAGGUCGGUCAAGCACAAGUGCUUGCCGACCAGCUCGGUAUAUUGCCUUCACAUCAGGCGUUUUUCUUGUUAAAGAAUUGCUUGUCGCUGCCGAAAUUGUUAUAUAUUCUUAGAACUUCUCCCUGCUGGCAGUAUCCUGAAGAAUUACGGAAAUUCGACGAUGUCAUCCGAUUUAAAGCGGAACAGCUGACCAAUGUUGCAAUGUCGGACACAGUAUGGAACCAAGCAUCGUUACCCACGAAAUUUGGAGGCUUAGGGUUGAUCAGCGCAACAGAAGUGGCGCUAGCUGCUUACACCUCAUCAGUCCAUGGUGCUGUCGACAUGGUGUGUAAUGUUACCCGCAAUGAAUCCAUCAAGGAUCGGUGUAACCGCCUGAUAGAAGUGUGGACAUCUCGCUUUUCCACCGAACCCCCUCGCACAGAAAGUCGCCGGUUUCAGUCCGCGUGGACUACGCCACAGCACACCCAGACAGCAUCCCGCAUGAUGGAGAACGCCGACGUAAUUACCUCUGCCCGCCUGUUGGCUGCAUCCUCAUCGGAGUCGCGCGCCUGGUUGUCAGCAUUGCCAGUAUCCCUCUUCGGAAACCUGUUGGAAGAUGCCCACUUACGCAUAGCCGUUGCGCGACGGUUGGGAGCCCCGGUCUGCGAACAGCAUGUAUGCCGUUGCGGUAACGUAGUGGACAGCCUGGGACACCAUGGCUUGGUUUGCAAGUUAGCGAAAGGAAGGCAUGGCGUUCACGCCGUGUUGAAUGACGUGACAAAGCGAGCCUUGAACUCUGCACGAAUGCCAUCGUCCCUCGAGCCGCCGGGACUGGACAGAGGAGAUGGCAAAGACCAGACGGAGUUACCGUUUUCCUUGGAAAAUGGAAAACCGUUAGUAUGGGAUGUGACAGUGGCAGACACGUUCGCUCAAACGUACAUCGCCCGGACGUCACGGGUGCCGGGAAGUGCAGCGGAAGCACGCGAAAACCAUAAGCUAGGAAAGUACGAUGGACUUGCAGACCGAUAUGUAGUACAGCCGAUCGCGUUCGAAACCACGGGCACAUUUGGACCACUCACAAAGAAAUUCUUCAAGGAGCUGUCGCGAAAGAUCAGCGAUUGUACUGGUAAUCCUCGGUCAGGAGAGUUUUUGCGCCAGAAAAUCAGUAUUGAGAUACAACGGGGAAACGCUGUCUCUGUUCUUGGAACGUUUAACGACAUGGUUGACAACGAGAAUGUGUUUUUUGCUUUUAAGCUAGCUAAACGGGAGUAA